CUCCCGGGAUGGAGCCCCCGACCGGCACCGAGAGCGCCCGCCUGGUCAGCCCGCGGGCCGGCCGCGCCGACGGCAGCCUGCGCCUCAAGAGUCUCUUCACAGGCUCUGGAGAUCCCUCAGCACCGGCGGCCCCAGACCCGCGCUGCCGCUGCAGCCCCCCGAGCCCCAGCCCCGGGCAGGGCCGGCUCCAGGCCCGCCGGCAGCUGAGCGUCGCCUGCGCCGUCUGCUGCCUCUUCAUGGUCGGGGAGGUGAUAGGCGGAUACCUGGCACACAGCCUGGCCAUCAUGACGGACGCGGCCCACCUGCUGACGGACGUGGGCAGCAUGUCCGUCAGCCUCUUCUCCCUCUGGGUGUCCAGCCGCCCGCCCACCAAGACCAUGACCUUCGGCUGGCACCGCUCGGAGACGCUGGGUGCGCUGGCCUCUGUGCUCUCCAUCUGGGUUGUGACCGCGGCCCUGGUCUACCUGGCGGCCGCCCGCAUCAUCAGCAACGACUACGAGAUCGAGGCGCGAGCCAUGCUGGCCACGUCUGCCUGUGCUGUUGGUGUCAAUCUGGUCAUGGCCUACAUCCUGCACCAGUCCCCUGCUGGCCACAGCCAUGGCACAGGAGCCUACGAGCGGCUGGAGAGCUCAGGGUGCUGCCAGCCCAGCCCCGUGCCUGGCAGCACCAGCGUGCGGGCAGCCUUCGUCCACGUGGUGGGUGACCUGCUGCAGAGCAUCAGCGUCCUCGUGGCUGCCACCAUCAUCUACUUCAAGCCCCAGUGCAAGAUCGCAGACCCCAUCAGCACCCUCUUCUUCUCCGUCUUCGUCCUCGGCUCCACCAUCACCAUCCUCAGAGACGUCUUCAUGGUCCUCAUGGAAGGGGCUCCACGAGGGCUGCACUUCGACGCGGUGAAGGAGGCGCUGCUGGGAGCCCGCGGCGUGCGGGGCGUGCACGACCUGCACCUCUGGGCGCUGACGCUGAACCACGCCGCCGUGUCGGUGCACGUGGCAGUGGAUGCCGGCGCUGACACGGAGAUGGUGCUGCAGGAGGUCACUGCCCGGCUCCAGAGCAGGUUUGGCUUUGCCCUGUGCACGGUACAAGUGGAGCAGCACCAGGAGGAGUCAGCAGGCUGUGCCCACUGCCAGGACCCCCGAACCUGAGACCCCCACCUGCUGCUACGUUGGGCCAGAUGUGGCCCUGGCCCCAGCUCCUUGUGCUAGAGCAGGGCAGCGCUUGAGAUCCCAUCUCCCCUCUAGCCACCCCACUGCUCCUGCAGAGCCCUGGGGUGGGACAGUGACUCCAGUAUGGUGUCCUGGGGGGACAGACACAAGGCCUGGCCUGUGGAGCACAGGGGCCCCCUGGAAUCUUCACUCCCUGCUGUGCCACAGCUCCCGAGGAGGUGGAAUCCUGCCCCACCACGCGGUCCCCAAGGAGCCCGUCUGUCCUGGCAGGAAGGGACAUCCCCCAUGGGGGCCCUCAGACCCGGCCUUGGCCCCAGCCCCCCGUGCUGCUGCCUGGGCUCUGUCUGAACCCUCCUGUGCCUGGCCCUGACCCAUUCCCUCUGCUGAGUCGUGCCUGUGCCCCUGGUGUCCAUCUGUCCAUCUGUGCCAGCAGCGGUGCCAGCGCUGCCAAUAAAUGUGUUGGAGCAGCA